CUUCCCCCGGCAGUUUAUGGAGCAGAGAACUUCCCAUCUGGCUGUUCAGCUGUUUGCUUUUUCUCCAGGAGACGUUUAUAAACUCUCAAGUGGGGUAUUUAUUUGUUUCACCUGUGCUUCUUCUAGUUUUUGCUGGUGUCGCUAAUGGGAAAGAAGAACAAAAUGGGUUGAUUGUCAUGAGAAAUAUGGAACCAAGGCUCAAAAAUGCUCCCUACUUUCGUUGUGAGAAGGGAAACGAUUUGAUUCCUGUGUGCCAGAAAUGUGAAACAUGUGUUUUAGCAUGGAAGAUCUUUUCUACUAAACAGUGGUUCCAAAGGACCAGUGGCAUAUUGCAGAGGAAGUUUCUAGUUAGCAUUCUACAGCAGCUAAAUAGCUUGCAUUUGUUACACUACUUCCAAAAUAUCCUGCAGACCACCCAGGGAAAGGAUUUCAUCUAUCACAGGUCUGUGACUAACCUCAGCAGGAAGGAGGGGAAAGCUGUGAAAGCCUUCUCCAACCAACUGUCGGACGCAGCGGUGGAACAAGAGAUGAAGGAGGUCUUGUACUGGUUUGGCGCCAGCACUCACAGGACUAAGGCAAAUUACACCCUCCUGCUGCUGCAGAUGUGCGACUACAAGUUGCUGCUCACUGCUGCCAAUGUGAUCAGAGCUCUGUUUCAGAGGGAGUGCAACAGUAUCACAGAGCUCAGUGAAGACUCCACUGAUGUCUUUUUUUCCCCUGAGAAAGACUAUAAUUCCAAGUCGGAAACCUUACAAGUCCAUUGGACAGCUAGACCCAGGCCUGCAUCCUUUCCUUUGGCUAGAUCCUUAGAAAGCAAAAAUGUACUUGAAAAUGAGGAGAGAGAAGCAACUAAUAUUGAAGAACAAUGGAAGAGUUCACUCCAGUGCAUUUCUGAGAUGAAUGAACUAUUUUCUAGAAAACCAGGCAUGCUCAGCCCAGGGGACGAUCCCUGCAAUCUGUUGAUGGACCUGGAUGAUGUCAGAGAUCUGUCUUCUGGGUUUAGCAAAUACCGGGACUUCAUCCGUCACCUGCCUGUCCAUCUCUCCAAGUACAUUCUAAGUAUGCUGGGGUGGAUGAAGGGAUUUCUUAGAGAGCUCCCAUCCUGGCAUAGGUCUAGGUUGUGGGUCCAUUUUUCUUCUUUUUCCCCCCCAGAAAUGCUGGACAAAAACACCCUGAACAAGUGUGCUUCUGUGAGUCAGCAUUGGGCCACUCUGGCUCAGCAGGUCAAGAUGGACCAAUCCGUGCAAACCUUCACUCAGAACCAGAUUGUCGUCUUGCAGGGGUCCUACACAAGGGGAAUAGAACCCAAUUAUGCCAACAGGCUUCCUAUCCCUGUUCCUAAAAUGACAGAUGAUGGGAAGCGAAUGCGUGCAAAAAAUCAAAAGUGGAAACUGAGAACAAAGAAUGACUACAACCUGUGGACUGCGUACCAGAACCAGGACACUCAGCAGGUCCUAAUGGAGGAAAGAAAUGUUUUCUGUGGGACCUAUAAUGUCCGCAUUCUUUCUGACAUGUGGGACCAAAACAGAGUCAUUCAUUUUUCUGGGGGAGAUCUGGUAGCUGUGUCAUCUAAUCGGAAGAUCCAUCUCCUGGACAUCUCACAAGUCAAGCAGUUACCCAUCAUGUUUCGAGGCCAUGUUGGGAGUAUCCGGGCCCUGUUCCUGUGCGAAGAGGAAAACUUUCUCUUAAGUGGGAGUUAUGACCUAAGUAUCAGAUACUGGGAUCUGAAAAGUGGAGCUUGUAUACGAAUCUUCUAUGGCCACCAGGGAACAGUCACUUGCAUGGAUUUAUGUAAGAACAUGCUUGUAUCUGGAGGAAGAGAUGCCCAAGUGAAAGAAUGGGAUGUAGAGACAGGGAAGUGCCUGAAGACCUUUAAACACAAAGACCCCAUCUUGGCUACCAGGAUCAAUAACACCUACAUUGUGAGCAGCUGUGAGCGAGGGACAGUCAAAGUGUGGCACAUUGCGACUGCUCAGCUAGUGAAAAAUCUCAGUGGACAUGAAGGAGCUGUAAAAUGCCUGUUCUUUGACCAGUGGCAUCUUCUCUCAGGAGGUGCUGAUGGCCUGGUCAUGGCCUGGAGCAUGGUGGGAAAGUAUGAGCGAUGCCUGAUGGCCUUCAAGCAUCCACAGGAGGUGUUCCAUGUUUCCCUUCUCUAUCUCCGCGUCAUCAGCGCCUGUGCAGAUGGCAAGAUUCGCAUUUACAAUUUUCUCAAUGGAAAUUGCCUGAAGGUGAUAAAAUCUAAUGCCAGAGGUGAUCCUGUGCUGUCUUUCUUUUACCAUGGCAACAGGAUGGUGGUCAACACAGAGAGCAAUAUUCUCCUGUUCCAGUUUGAGAAUAUAAAGUGGCAGUACGCACACGAAAGAAGUAAACAAAAGAAGUGUAAGGAUAAAGAGGAGGAAAAAGAAGAAAACAGUCUCCUGGACGUACUUUCCAAGUCUAGCAUUCAGGUUCACAGCCUGAGAGACUCUGUAUCCAGUAAACAAACUGUCACCCAGGAGUUCCUACCAAGUAAACCUCACAAGUCUCACCUUCUUCUGAAUGCAAGCACAUUGCCUGCAGAUGAUGAAGAGAAACUGCAAAUACAAAGACAACUGAAAACUCCUGCAAAAUUGAUCAGGCGUUCAAAGAAAAAGUAUUGGAAAAAGCCUAUGUCACCUGACCGGUUUCUUCUGACUGUCAGUGCCUUGCAACAAGCCCAUAAUUCUGGAAAAUUUGCCUAUCCCCAUAAACCCCAAUCUCAAGUCAGUGAUGCUUUGGUACCUUCAAUUUCAUUCCCAAGGAAGGUCCUUAAUUUCAAGGGAAAGUCAAUCCAACACGCAGUUGACUGGUUGAAAUUCAAUGAUGUUCCCAUAGAUGUGAAACAGACCAGUAUUCCCCUUGAAUUCCAGAAACUGAAGCCAAAUUUGAACAAGUCUUUGCAUAGUCCUGGAGUCCAGUCUACCAUACCCCAGCCCAUGGUUAUCCACCCCAAAUUGUCUGACAGCUUAAAAGGUGAACAUCACUUGACCAGUUCAAUUGAAAAAGCAGUGUCUAAUAGGGGCCCCCUGACCAGCACACACAUCGUUAAACCCAGCCAUCUGUCAGCUCCACAAGUGAGCGUAGCUACUCUGACUCUCAAGAAAGAACGGCCUCACUUCUAUACAACUCUGGAUCCCCUUCGAAUGAACACAGAGUUCAUGUUGUUGACUGUGAAGGAAGAGAAGGAGUACAAGGAAGCCAAGUUGAGAGAAUAUCAGGCCAGAGAGCCCACUAGAGUUGUCAACCCAGGAAAAGCAAGCAGGGCUGCGUGGAUCCGGAAGAUCAAAAGUCUGCCUAUUGAUAAUUUCAUAAAGCAAGGGAAAAUAGCGGCCCCUGAACUUGGUCAAAAUGUAUUUAUCUAA